UUGGUCCAAGGCAUAGAGUAAUAAUACUCUAUGGUAUUACUCUAUAGUCCAAGGUGUUAAACACCCUAGUUUUAUCAAUAUAUAUUUUUAUUAGUAAAUCAAUCUUAUUAUGUUAUAAAACCUUAUCACAUUUACACAAAUUAUAAUAUGACAAUAAAUCAAAAACAGUUAAAAUACGUACUUUUGACUUUCGUGUAUCGUAAUAUUUUAUUUAAUUCUCACGUGUAAUAUACAUAUACUUAAUUAAAAAAAAUGUAUGUGUUUUGAUAAAUAUAAAUCAAUUCUAUCAAAAUGUUUGAUUUUCGCAUGCAAAUUGUAAGAAGGUUCUUUAGAAGAAUUAUGAAACCAAUGUCUAUUGAAGAAGCCGAAGCUAAAAAAUCUUUCUUUGCAAAAGCAUAUUUUCUAUUUAGUUUUGGAGCGUUUAGUACCAUAUUAUACCAAGUAAAACAAGGCCGUUUUAAUUGGUUGGAAGCUGAAGGAUUAAUUCCGGAAGAUGAAACAAAACUGUCCCCUGCUUUUCAGUAUGCCAGGAUGCUAGGUGUUAAAAAUGCUACUGUCAUUAGAGUUAAAGGAACCGAUAUUAUGAGCUCAAAAGAAUAUGACAAAGAAACAUUUGAUGUAUCUAAGCAUAUAGAAGAAGAAGAAAAUUCUCUUGUAGAUCCAGAAAAAAAAUUUUUAAAUAUAUAAUUUGUGUCAUACGCAUUGUAUUAGUCAAUAUGUUGAAAAUUGUUAAGAAAUUAAACGCAUUAUUUGUUUACAUUAA